AGUUAUGAAUUCUCAAAGUUAUUACAAUCCCAAUGUCACCUUGCCAACUGUGUUGUGCUGUGUUUGUGGUUUACCCAUUAACCCUAAUUCUGCUAACAUGUGUGUGCCCUGCUUACGUUCUAAAAUUGAUAUUUCCGAAGAAAUACCAAGGCAGUCUUACAUCAAUUUUUGCAGAGGCUGUCAACGUUAUAAUAUCCCUCCUUCUCACUGGGUGACAGCUGAGUUGGAAUCUCCCCAACUUCUUGCCAUAUUGCUUAAAAGGGUGAAAGGUUUUUGCUACAUACUAUUUUGUUUUAAGUUUUUGCUUUUAUUUUUUUUAGGGCUUAGUAAAGUAAGGUUAGUUGACGCAAGUUUUGUUUGGACGGAGCCUCAUUCUAAAAGAAUUAAAGUUAAACUUAUCAUAGAGAAAGCUGUUUUUUCCAGUACAGUCUUACAGCAUUCUUUUGUUGUUGAGUUUGUGGUAAUGCCUUCUUUUUGUGAGGACUGCCAUCAAGGGGCUGCCAAAGAUCAUUGGAACGCCGUCGUACAACUGCGUCAAAAAGUUAAACACAAAAAGACCUUCUAUUACCUCGAACAGUUAAUACUUAAGCACAGAGCUCACGUUCGCACUAUAAACAUUAAAGAGAGGCCGGAUGGCUUGGAUUUUUACUAUUCUACCAGAAACGACGCUAUAAAAAUGGUAGAUUUUCUUCAGUCGGUGGCCCCGGUUAGGUUAAAACUUUCUGAACGCCUAAUGUCCACCGACUUGCAGAGUAAUACAGCUAACUUUAAGCACACAUAUUCAGUAGAAAUCGUCCCCAUAUGAUGAUUUUAUUUGUUUACCAGCUAAACUAGCCAGAUCUUCGGGGAAUAUUAGC